UUGGAAGGUUGUUUUGGAAUCAGCUGCUUUACACUUGUUCCCUGUCCUGAGCUGAUUUAAAGCCUUAAAGGGGCACUUAAAACUGCCGAAAUAUUGAUAAACUUCAGGGUUAGUGUCAGUAUGUUCCACUCGAGUUGACAAAACGAGCUGUGCUGCUUGUGAAAGACGGACAUUUUUGAUAAAUUGGCGAAUCACAGUGGCUAGUCGUAGCAUGCUAAGUAGCUAGCUAGUAAACUCGCAGCCUGUGUCAACAGCUUGAGUUCAGGAUGGACUACACUGCACUGGAGGUCGACGCCUUUAAAUUCGCCAAAACAGCCGUUACUUAUGACCAAAAGGGCAAAUACAACGAGGCUGUAUUUUACUACAAGGAGGCAGCACAGGCCCUGAUAUAUGCUAGCAUGGCAGGGUCCAAACUGGAGGGAAUCCAGGACAAAGUGAGUGAAUACACGGAUCGGGUCCAGGCUCUCCAUAAUGCCGUCCAGGCACAGACGAGCGACCCGCUGAAGUCCCGCCAGCAGGUGGACAUGGAGCGUGCCCACUUCCUGGUCACCCAGGCCUUUGAGGAAGAUGAGAAGGGAAAUGAAGACGAAGCCGUUGAACUGUACACUCAGGCUGUGGAGCUCUGCAUUAAGACGUCCAGUGAGACAUCUGACCAGGUGCUGCAGACCAAGUUGAAGCAGCUGGCUCGCCAAGCGUUAGAGAGAGCGGAGGGUCUUAAAGAGUCCCAGUCCAGAUCAACUGCAGCUCAGGACAGGACAGGGAUCUCUGCGAACAGGAAUGUCGGUGGCAGCAGUUCUGGGGCACCAGUCCGCCAGUUUUUCCCCCUCGGCCAAGAAUUCAGCCUCCACGACCGACCUCAUCCCCAGCCGGUUCGGGCGGUCCAGUCCAGUGAUCCUCAGGGUCAACGCUACACGUCUGAGGAGAUCGAGGUGCUCAGGAGCACAUCUACAGUCAAUGGGAUCGCCUAUGUUCCCUUUAUGAGUGUGGACCUGAAGGAACGCUUUGCCUUCCCUGUCCCUUUCUCGGACAAACUAGGGAAACUGGCGUUGUCACCCAAACAGAAAGCCAUCUUCUCCCGCUGGGUGCGUCCAGACGAGAUCUGCAAUAACCCGACCAUGAUCAUGUCUGUGUCCAGCUUCAGUAUCAAACAGACGGUUGUGUCUGACUGUUCUUUUGUGGCGUCCCUCGCCAUCAGCGCAGCCUAUGAGAGGCGCUACAACAAGAAACUUAUCACCAGCAUCAUCUACCCUCAGAACAGACGAGGAGAACCAGAGUACAACCCCUGUGGGAAGUACAUGGUCAAGCUUCACAUCAAUGGUGUUCCCAGGAAGGUGAUAAUAGACGACUACCUGCCGGUGGAUCGUAACGGAGAGAUGCUGUGCUCCUACUCCAGCAACAGGAACGAGCUGUGGGUGUCCCUGAUUGAGAAAGCCUACAUGAAGGUGAUGGGAGGCUACGACUUCCCUGGAUCCAACUCGAACAUCGACUUGCACGCGCUCACCGGCUGGAUCCCUGAACGCAUCGCUAUGCACUCUGACAAUCAGUCAUUCAGCAAAGACGACAGCUUCCGAAUGCUCUUCCAGAGGUUUCACAGAGGGGACGUUCUCGUCACCACGGCAACGGGGGUGAUGACAGAGGAGGAAGGGGAGAGAUGGGGUUUAGUGCCAACACACGCCUACGCUGUUCUUGACAUCAGGGAAUACAAGGGGAUGCGUUUCCUGCAGCUGAAGAAUCCCUGGAGUCACUUGCGGUGGAAGGGACGCUACAGUGAGCGAGACGAUAAGAACUGGACGCCCAAACUCCUCAAAUACCUCAACUUUGACCCCAAGACAGCACAGAAGUUUGAUAAUGGUGUUUUCUGGAUUGCAUGGGAGGACCUCUGUCAAUAUUAUGAUGUCAUCUACCUGAGUUGGAACCCCGCCCUAUUCCAACAGUCCUCCUGUAUUCACAGCAGCUGGGAUGGGAAGCAGGGCCCAGUCAAAGAUGUCUACAGUCUGGCCAACAAUCCUCAGUUCAAGCUGGAGGUCCAGUGUCCAACAGGUGGCGCUGCUGUUUGGGUACUGCUCACCAGACACAUCACUGACAAGGAUGACUUUGCACAGAACCGGGAGUUUAUCACGCUGGUCGUUUAUAAGACGGAUGGAAAGAAAGUUUACUACCCAGCCGACCCUCCUCCUUUCAUCGACGGCAUCCGAAUCAACAGCCCACACUACCUGACCAAGAUGAGGCUGACCAGUGCCGGUACACACACCUUUACGCUGGUGGUAUCCCAAUACGAGAAGCAGAACACCAUAAACUACACACUACGGGUGUACUCUGGAUGCAAAUUCUCCUUCUCCAAAAUCCCGAAUCCCUUCACUCACACAAAAAGGUUCAACGGCCAGUGGAAAGGGAUCAGUGCUGGAGGUUGUGGGAACUAUAAGGAUUCAUACAAACACAAUCCAAUCUAUCAGAUUAACCUGGAGCGCCCGGGACCGCUGCUCAUCGAGCUCCGAGGAUCCAGGCAGUACAGUGUCGGCUUUGAGAUGGUGACUGUGUCGAUGGUGGGAGAUCCAGGUCCAGCAGCUUUCCAGAAGAAGAGCAGUGGAGAUUACAGAUGUGGUUUCUGCUACAUGGAGGCAGACCAUGUCCCAGCGGGCAUCUACAACGUCAUACCCACCACUUUCCUCCCCAAACAGGAAGGACCUUUCUUCUUGGACUUUGCCAGCACCUUGCCCCUCAAGGUCUCCCAGCUCCAAUGAAGAUGGAGCUGGAGGAGUGGAUGACGCAGGGAUCAAGAGGACGGUACUUACCAGGGCUUCGAUGGAUAGUCCUGAUUUUUCAGUUUGAAUGUGAUAAAGUGAUCAAGACCUCCAUGAAGCCCAAAGAGAAUGUGACUAUUGACCUCAUCUCCCACAGCCUUUCCUUGUCUCCUAUUGCUGAUGUUAACAGACGUUUUGUGGACUUGGACCUUCAACACAGAUAAAUUAUGUCAACAAGGAAUAACUCUCUUGCUAAAGAGACACAAAGAGGAUCUUUUAAUAUGGAGAAGUAACCAUUGGAAAUUUUGACUUUAACUUAUCGCAUCCUCUGUACUGUAGGUUCCUCUACCACGUGGAUGAAACGGCAUCGACUUCGCUCUGAUAAAUCAACCAAAUCUGACAUGAUUUCAUGAGACGGUGACGAGUCUUAUGACCACAUCCUGGACAGGGUUGAACAUGUACAUUAUAACAUACGCCAGUCACAAGGUGUUGAGUUAUGCAUCAUGGCCGUUGAAAGCAACCAAGUCGUUUCAGGUUCUGUUUUGUCGAUGAAUGAGUGUCUCGGGUGAGGGAGUUGUUGUCAAGUGAAUGUAUGGUCUGGAGGCAUUUCUUUCAUAGUUUGAGCCCCUGAAUUUCAGUGGUAAAAGGUUUGAACCUUCAGCAUUGAGAGGAUAUGUCAGACACGCAUUCAAGAUCAUGCUACUUGACUCUGUGUUUCCAUCCAUCUGUAUGUAGCAGUGGUGGAAAUCACCAGAGACGCCACGAUAUGGUAUUAUCAUGAUAUUUAAAUCUCGAUACUGCAAAAUACUGGGUAUCUGUGAAGUCAUAUAUUGAGACAUACUCCCAUUUUAUUUUAAAAAAAUAAUAUGCUAAAAAAAAAAAAAUGGAUUACGUGUCUCAAACAUGAUAUCGCCACAUAAGAUAUCGCGAUAUUUCCCCUAAUAUUUAUGUACAUUUUAAAUGUGCGUCCUAGAAAUCCUGAAUGGAAACACGCAUGGAAUCCCAAGUAUUUCACGGUCAGUGUCGGGUUUGUUUUUAUUUAAUGGAGUCAUCAGAAAUAGAAAAUAAAAAAGUUACUGUUGUGAUUUCAAAAAACAGUAAUAACUACAGAUUUCACUUACUGUUGUUCACUGUUUUUCAGUUGAAAAAUCCUACACGUAAGUAGGAGAUUAUGACCACCGAGUAUCACUGAAAUACACAAUCAGUGCCCCCUUGAGGAGGACAGCAAUGGUCGUCUUUGAGAUGCUCAUUACUGCAAAACUACCUGAAAACGACGCCGUUGCUGUGUGCGACAGCCACGAUACAAAACAAAACAUCCAAGAGUUUGUCUCUGCCAAAAUUGUAAAAGCUCUUCAUUUAUAAAGUGAAACCAGGAUGAAGGGAAAGUUAGUUUCUUCAUGUGACCUUGAAGGUGGUUGUAUGUAUGUUGUUGUUGUUGUUGUUGUUGUUGUUGUUGUUGUUUAACUUCUCAGGAGCAGUGCAGCAGAGCAGCACCACAGGGAAUCCAGUAUGGCAGCGGUUGAAUGAUGUCACUUCAUGUUGUCUGUGGAUGUGACGGCUGAGUGACGCAUGAUCUGCCUGGUUUCACGUCAGCACUGCUUGAAACAGGUAUCAUGUGAUGAACCUGUUUGUCUGUGUGUGUGUGUGUGUGAGAGUUGGAGAGAGCAUGUGUGUGUGUGUGUGUUUUUACAGGAAAAAUUUAAAUGUAUUGCCAAGUACGCAUCAUCUAUUUACUUAUAAGUUACAGAAUUGCACUUUUUUUAAAAUCAUUUCUCAGUUUGAACAUUUACGGCAGAUCCACUCGUCUGAAAUCAUGUUGCCUCUUCAGUUUUGUGUUUAAAAAUGUAAUUUGUAAAGCACAUUAAAAGCAACAGGAGUCAAGCCACAAUGUUUGUAGUCAAAGACAAGUAACACAAUAACAACACAAGACAGAAACAGAGUAAAGUAAAGACGGCAGGACUAUAGCCUUCACAAUACUGUAACAAACACCACCAGUAAUUUCAUUUGGACUGAAUGGAAUAAUUCACAGUCGUUAACCUGUCGCUAACUGACCCGGUUACCUGUGGGGUUUGUUAUCAUAAUGUAUCGUAAUGAGUUGUCCCACAAAUAUUAAUAUUUAUAAGUGUCUCUCGCACAGUGAAGACGAUAAAAACCAGAUCUGUCACAAUCUUUCUAGACUAGAAAUUAAUAAUAUAUUGAUAAUAACAAUAAUAAUAAUAAAAGUAAUUUAUAUAUACAGCACUUUAGUUAGUCAGUUAUAAGUGCUUAAUGGUUAAAAUCAGUGGAUAAAAAGUCAGAAACAAAAACCCAAUGGAGAUACAUAAGAACAAUGUAUGAAGAUAAUUUUACUAGUGUGGGAUGAACAAAGUCUAAUAUGAUCUAAAUAUGUACAACAACACAGUUUUAAGUGGUGAUUUAAAAGAAAGAAGGGACCUUCUGUUGCAUGCCCUGCAUCACUUGAUGUACAUAGUCUCGGCCUACGCAGAAUAAUUUACCAGCAGUGUUGUGAUGUGAGAUUCUGUGUAACGUUAAGCAAGAGAGAGCAAAUGUCGACGUGAUGUCUGGGAAAUUAAAAUUCCAAGAUCUCUGUCUCACCAAAGAAAUAUGACAAACACCGACUUUGACCAAGAUCCCUUGUCCAGAUGCAGAGCAGAGCGUGCUGCAAAUGAGUGAAUGUGGACACCAGGGGCAAAGCACAUUCGACCCCUACAUUUGAGGGAAUUGGUCCUGGAAAGUCCUUGAAAAGUCCUUGAAUUUGAUGUCAACCAAGGUGUGGGAACCCUGUGUUUUCUGUGGAGUUUCCUCACAAGAGCGAAGGCUGUGAGAUGCUUGUUUUUACUCUGUGAUGGUGAACCUCAGUGCAGAGACGUCCACUCACAAACCUUUCUGUGUGUUAGUGAAGCGAGACCGAACACAGCGUUCAGUUCAGUGUGUGACAUCACACCGCGUUACAUAAGGCGUGAGAUUGUUGAUGCGUGCAAAUGUCACACAGUUUUAUGUCGCUGCAGUGACAGGCUGCAACUUGAGUUUAUUUAUUUAAAUUGACUAAUUUGCCAGAAAAAGAUUUUCUUUUUUCUAUUAUAGACUGGUUUGUUGCUUAUUUUCUUGAUUAUUCAAUGACUUGUUUGGUUCUUAAAAUGUUAGAAUAUGGUGAAAAGUGUCAGACUGAGCUUCCCAAACUUGUAAAUGACGCAUUAGUCUUAUCCACAAGCUAAAGAUACUCAGUUUACUGUCAUAGAGGACCUAAAUUAACCAGAUCAUCACGUCACUUUUAAAAAGUAUACGUUAAAGAGACACUCAAAAUAAUAUACUGAUAAUGAGAGUAAUUAUUAGUGAUUCAUCUAUACUUUGAUUAAAGUUGAUUAAAGUGAAAUUUCAGGCUUUUUUAAGUGUGGUUCUCUGAGGUAGUGACGCAUAGUUGGCAUAUAUGUGUAUGUAUGUGUGUGUAUAUGUUUAUAUUUGUCACUUUUCCAACAGGAAACUGAGGUCUGUUGUGACCCACCAGUCACUCUCCAAUACAAAAGGUCCGAAAACUCUAGUUCCCGGUCUGCUGCCGCCUUCUUUAUAACUUGUAGGUAAAUCUGCAGGAAGAAUCUCAAAGGUUCUAAAAAAACACAUGUUUACUGUAAUAAUGGAGGCAGCAGUGGAUCAACAAUUCUCUGUGCUGUGAUGUAAAAUCCCUGAUAUUCUCUGAGGACUUUGGUGCUUGAGAAUGAACAUUUUAAAAAGGCUAUUGGGUCAAAUGCUUUUCUUUUUUUUUUAAUCGGUUUUCCUGGCUUCCCAGCUUUGUGACAACCAUGUUUUCACACUGUCAUUACUUUAUACAACCACACCUCAAAAAACACCUCAUCUAUCUUGCUAUUUCUCACUGCUUACCUUGUCCAAGCUUCGAUUGUAGAAGGUAGAUAUCUGUGUUAUUUCAGUGCUGACUGUAUCAUUCGGAGGCUGUGCAAUGAAAUUGAACAUUUAUAGCACCCAGAGUUUUAUUUUUAUUAUUGUUCUUGCUGUGUAACAGUCAUUUUAAAAUCAAGAGAGUAAUGCAACGUUGAGCAGGAAGAGUUUUAAUGUUCCUUUCAGAUUAAAAUCUGCUUUAAAUAUCCUA